CUGAACAGAAAAAGCCUCAUUGUGCCGGGGGCCCAGGCAGCCCCUCGUGUCUGCGGGACACCGCUGUCCGGGCGGGCAGGAGGCAGCUCCUGCGGGAAUGGCUGCGAGUUGCCAAAGCUCCCCUAAGGCUGCCAGGCACUGGUUUUACCCUGCUCUAUUCCUGGCGCUGGCAACAGGGUAUUAAUGGAUCUGGCCGUGAUUACAGACAGGAUAAGCAGGGCCGGUGGCUGGAAAGCCUCUCUCUGAACAUGCCUGGGGCUGCCUCUGGGGGAUGUGGAGCUGCUCCUGCAGCUCAGCCUCUCUCCCCGCACCUGGCACGGAUCCCUCCCGCUGCAGGAGGUGAUUAUUCUCAUCUCUUGUGGGUGCAGAGAUGCAGUCAGGGAGCUCCAGAAGCGACACGUGGUGUGACGGUCAGUGGCAAUGCGUCCUCACUUAGAAAAAGCCAACUGCACGCAGCAGCUUUGUGUCGCUCCGGACUGGCACAGCGUACCGACGCUCCAGCCCUCUGGGCGGCGGCAGAGCUCCCUUUGCCGCCGGGCUGUGCUGGGCAGGAAGGCGCGUCCCCCGUCAGGCCCAGCCGAGGAGGUGAGGGCCGCUCUGCGGCGGGCUGUCGCGGGGAGACGUGCUCGUUGUGCGGCCUGACACCAGGUGGAGCUGCACAAAACGGAAGGCAGGCCCCAGCGCUCGCACCGCGACGCUCCCUUUCCUCAGACAAAAUGUCCCCUGCGUUGUCUAGCUCUUCUUCACGUUCCUGUCUGCUGCAGGCAGUGGUAGAAGAGCUCACGCCUGGCUCCCUGUGCAUAGCUGCACGUACGCAGUCACGAAGCAGUUACACACUAACUCUUUUCUCAGCUUAUGGAGGACUGGUAUCUUUGCAUCACCGGGGCAGCCCUGCAUCUCCUCCCAGGUUUAAUGUGCCUGUGGCUUAAGCCCAGAGGAUUUCAGAGGGCUCUGUUAUGACAGGAGCACGAUGGAAGCGAGGCAAGGUUCCUCCAGCCCGACACUGCUCAUCUGGUUCUGCACCACCCCUUCUACAUCUUCCCCACAGUAGCAGUUCUUCACUCCAGCGUUCUCUGGCUCUUGCUCAGAGUGCAAAAUUAAAAACAACAACAACAAUUUCCAGAAACAAAACAGACUUGUCAUCUGUCUGGGGGUGUUUCUCAAGAAGCUCCUAGAAACUCUCUAAUAUCACUUUGCUUCUCUGUACUUCUCAAGCCCACUUGUGACCUGUAUGAGUUGGAAGCUGGAGAUUUUUAAAUUAAGGAGAAAAUCCCCAAGGAAAUAA